AUGACUUCUGUUGAUGCCAUGGCCGCUCGGCUAGCUUCUUCUCUAGCCAUUGCUGAGGGGAGGAAGCAGGUCGACCUGCGACAGACACAGGGGAAGGGUCUGCGGCAGGCAGACGUGUUUUUGGUGGGAAAGAUGCUCACUGCUCGAGAAUAUAAGACUCGAUCUUUUCUGGGGAUGUUUCGAAACGCAUGGAGGGUACAUGGAUCUUUGCGUGUGGAGGAAGCGGAGGGGCAGAGGGUUCUCGUCACUUUGUCUGAUGCUACAGAUUGGGAUUGGAUCUGGAAGGGAGGUCCAUGGGGUUAUAAUCACGCUCCAAUUGCCCUAGCUUACUACGAUGAUGUGGCUGACAUUGAAUCGGUCUCCUUCACCACGUCGUCGUACUGGAUCACUUUUCAAGGCAUCCCCCCUGCGUUCCGUUCCAAGAGGGUGAUGACCAUGAUCGACUUUACUCUUGGUGAUUUUAAGGAAAUUGACAAACAGGCCAAGAAGGUUGGAAAGCUUCGAAUCAGGGUGGAGAUUCCGUUUAACCGGCCACUGUCCUUCCAACGAUGGUAUUGGGUGGAGGAUGAAGUAGAGUUUCUCUGCAAGUUUAAGUUUGACAAACUCUUUGGUUGA